AUGGGAGCGGAAACACCGCCAACGGCUCAGCAACCACCGGGCGAGACACGCGCAGACAGACAAAAAACGGGGAAUGUGGACGAAGUAUGCGGUUCUAGGAUGACAAGUGCGGACAAUGCAGACGAGAGCAAUAACCGCUGCCAUCCCGACACCACUCCAGACGAGGAGAGGGAGAGCGGCACCGGCCGUCAUGACAGCAAUCAACUCUCCCCCCAGCAGUGCAUCCUGUACGAAUAGCCCUAGAAACGGCACGAUAGUAUGAAUAACACCGAUGAAUACCGUGAAGCACCGUACAAAAACCUUCUUCCAAGAGGAAAGCUUGUUUGCUUCUAAAAUGUCAAGUGAUUAAGCCUAUGGUCCCCGUGAUCACCACUUCCUCCUGCACAUGCAUAGGCGAAAAUACUGACCCCAGGCGUUGAGGUGGAAGAAGAAGAUAGGGUGAGCUCUGAAGCAGAAAAAGACGAUGAAGAAGAAGAAGAAGAAGAAGAAGAAGAAGAAGAAGAAGAAGAAGAAGAAGAAGAAGAAGAAGAAGAAGAAGGAAUCGAGAAGGCUUAA